CAUAAUAUCACAUUUCUCUCCAAACCACUUGUUUUAUUUUUGUACAAAAUGCAACAACAACCAGAGAAAGAAGCGGCUGGAACCCUUCCACGGCCUCCGGGAAAUGACGUCGAGGGCGGAGCUAGAGUGAGGCCGGAAGCAAACACCGGGCCGGCGGGAUCUUCAGAUGGGAAGAAAAUGAAGGGUGAUCGGCUAAAGUUAUGGGCAUUCAUUUUUAGGGCAUGUGCUUUGGCCGUUUCUCUACUCUCUUUCAUUCUUAUGGUUGCUGUCACUGACUUCUAUUUAUAUUCAGGGUUCAGUUAUGUGCUUGGAAUAGCUAUUAUUGUGAUGGUAUAUACAGCCGUGCAAGUUGGGAUAAAAGGGCAUGAACUUCGCACCAAAAAAGAUGUGAUUUCACCCAAGAUUGCAAUUUGGAUUGACUUUUGUGGAGAUCAGUUUUUAGCAUACAUGAUAUUUUCAUCAGGAUCAGCAGGGGCAACAAUGUCCAUCUCAUUAAGCAAUGAUUUUUACACAAACUCAGGCUUACAACUUGUGGCAGCAUCCGUUAGCAUGUCUGUUUUGGCAUUUAUUUUUUUGGCACCUGCGGCACUCUUAUCUUCGUAUCGUUUAUUCGCUAAUCUUUAAACUCGUUCAUAACUCUUUCUCAACUAAAUAAGAAAAUAUUGAUCGAUCAAGGUUUUACAUCAAUGGUUAUUUCAUGCUUUCAUUAAUCAUUAUAUCUUCGAAUUGUGCUUUUCCAUUUGUUCUAAUUAAUUUUUUUAAAUAGAAAACAUGUUUUUCUUUGUAGGGUUGAUCAAUCUGUAACUUUUAUGUGCCUAUGUUAU